UUACGGAGCCGGGUUCCCGGUCGCAUCAACCUUCAGGAGCGAGCAGCGCGCGCAGUCCGGAGCGGCCAGUCCUGUCCGGGACUCGGGCUGGGAAGUUGCCGCGCUCUGCACGCCCGACACAGYCACCAUGGGCGGCUCGGCCUCCAGCCAGCUGGACGAGGGCAAGUGCGCCUACAUUAGAGGGAAAACUGAGGCUGCCAUCAAAAACUUUGGUCCAUACUACAGUCGCCAGUAUUCGGUGGCUUUCGGCAAUCACGUGCGCAGUGAAGUAGAACAGCAAAGAGAUUUAACGUCACAAUUUUUGAAGACCAAGCCACCGCUGGAACCAGGAACCGUCUUGUACGAAGCGGAGCUCUYACAGUUUGCUGAAGACAUACGGAAAUGGAAGGACAGAUACGUUGUGGUUAAGAAUGAUUUUGCUGUGGAAAGCUAUGAGAACAGAGAGGCCUAUCAGAAGGGAGCGGCUCCUAAAAGUCGAAUUCUUCCAGCUGGUGGCAAGGUGUUAACAUCAGAAGAUGAAUAUAACCUACUGUCUGACAGGCAUUUCCCAGACCCUAUUGCCUCCAGUGAGAAGGAGAACUCUCAGCCGUUGGUGGUGCUGCCCAAGCCUUUCCCAGUGUACCUGUGGCAGCCCUUCCUCAGACAUGGCUACUUCUGCUUCCACGAGGCCGCGGACCAGAAGAAGUUCAGCACCCUCUUGAGUGACUGCAUCAGACACCUGAAUCAYGAUUACAGGAAGCAGACGACAUUUGAAGCCCAAGCCUUUUUAGAAGCUGUGCAGUUCUUCCGACAGGAGAAGGGUCACUAUGGAUCCUGGGAAAUGAUCGUUGGGGAUGAAAUCCAGAUCCUGAGCAACCUGGUGAUGGAGGAGCUCCUGCCAACCCUGCAGACAGACCUGCUGCCUAAAAUGAAGGGGAAGAAGAAUGAWCGGAAGAGGGCCUGGCUCGGUCUGCUGGAGGAGGCUUACAACCUGGUUCAACACCAAGUUUCAGAAGGAUUAAGUGCCUUGAAGGAGGAAUGCAGAGCUCUGACCAAGGGCCUGGAGGGAACAGUCCGAUCAGACAUGGAUCAGAUUGUGAACUCAAAGAACUUUUUAAUUGGGAAGAUCAAAGCAUUGGUGGCCCAACCCGCAGAGAAGAGCUGUGGGGAGAGUGUGCAGCCUUUCCUGGCCUCCAUUCUGGAGGAGCUCAUGGGGCCGGUGAGCUCAGGGUUCAGUGAGGUGCGCUCGCUCUUUGAAAAAGAAGUGGAUGAACUCGGCCAGAGCUUUCGCACCACCAAAGACGGCGCCCAGCUAAAGCAGCACCUAGACCAGCUUAUGAAUCUUCCUCUGGAUUCUGUGAAGAUGGAACCUUGUUACACUAAAGUCAACCUGCUCCCAGAGCGCCUGCAGGAACUCCAGAGCCGCUUCAGAUGCCCCCACGUGGAUCUGGUGGUCCAGAGGACACAGAACGACAUGCAGGAGCUCAUGCAAAAUGCAGUAUUCACUUUUGAGCAGUUGCUUUCCCCACAUCUCCAAGGAGACGCCUCCAAAAUUGCAGCUGCCAUUGAGAAGGUCAAGCUCCGAGUCCUGAAGCAAUAUGAUUAUGACAGCAGCACCAUCCGGAAGAAGAUCUUUCAGGAGGCGCUGGUUCAGAUCACACUUCCCACCAUGCAGAAGGCACUGGCAUCCACGUGCAAACCAGAGCUUCAGAAAUACGAGCAGUUCAUCUUUGCAGAUCACACCAAUAUGAUCCACGUUGAAAAUGUCUACGAGGAGAUUUUAUAUCAGAUCCUCCUCGAUGAAGCUCUAAAAGUGAUAAAGGAGGCUGCGAUUCUGAAGAAGCACAACUUAUUUGAAGACAAUUUGGCCUUGCCCAGUGAAAGCGUGUCCAGCUUAACAGAUCUUAAAACCCCCCCGGGGUCAAACCAGGCCAGCCCUGCCAGGAGACUGUCUGCCCUUGUCCCUCCGGAAGCUCCAGACAGCGAGCCCCCGAGUGGCAGCRAGGUGUUCCAGGAGUCCGGGGAACACCAGCAGCCGGAGGCAGAAGGAGAAAGCCUUUCUCUCCCUGGGCCCAGCCCUCCUCCAGGUGGGGAUGAGCAGGUGCUCAAUGACCUGGCUGCAGAGGACGCAGCAGGAGCCCUGAGCACACCUUCAGCAGAGCCGAGGUYGGGAAAGCCACCUGGGGAUGAAGAACCCAGCCCUGGGAAGCCCGAGCCCAUGGCCGCCUCUGGAUCCCUGAAGGAGCUCAGAGAGCUGUUGACGGUGACUGAUGAUGGACCAGCGGAGUCAGCCCUGGGGAUGGGAACAGACACCAAUGAGACACUGGUUCCCCAAGAAAAUGAAAAAGAAGAAGAGGAACCCCAGAUCCACACCGAGGGCAGUCCAGCAGCUGCCCCCCAGGACAACUCUGAGGAAAGCCCAGUCCGUGAGAGGGAGGCCCAACCUCCCCUUCCAGAGGCUGAGGUCCCCGGAGUGGACACGGGGGCAUCUCCAGAGGCCAGCAGCCCUGCUUCUCAGCCAGCCAGUGGAGAGAUCAGCCAGGAGGCCAGCUGUCCAGGCUCUGCGGAGGGGCCAGCAGAGGCUGUGGAGCCCCCCGAGAGGGAGCCGGCAGCAGGGACUUCCAUGCCGGAGGCCCGUGAAGGAGAGGCCGCGUUGCAGGAGGCUGGCACUGUAGGUUCUGACCCCGGCUGCCCCAGAGAGAGCCAGGUUUCUGAGGAAGGAGAAGCAAUGGGAGGGGAAAGCUGCACAGCCCCAGCCGUGGGAAGUGKUACUGAGGUUAAGGCUGCCCGCAUUCAUGAGUGUCAGUGGGUGGUCGAGAGCGCCCCCCACACCCAGGGCCUAGAGGACGGGAAGGAGUGGGAAGCUUGUCAGGAGAGCACCCCAGAGCAGCCCUUGGAGGAGUGAGAGGGAUAAUCUGGCGAGAGUCUUUCUUCGAACAAAGUCAGUUAAAGGGUUCUAGUUAUGGGCAUGCUUAGGAGUUGCUAUCAAAAAAUUCUGAACUAUUUCCAGAGGUCACACACACAGGGUGUGAACAUGGAGGCAGACUCUUGUGGGACAGGACUGCUCCACCAUGAAUGAUUGCUUUAGCAUUUUAAUAGGCAUCACCAAAGGGCUGGGGUGAGAGAGAGCUCAAGCCAGGAGAGGGAGCUCAGGGCUUGGUGUUCUCACACUGCACGGGUGCAGUCUUCCACUUGCACUUUAAGGCUUUGAAAUUUUGAGUAAGAAUACAAAUACACACUGUAACUCCAGCCUCACCAUGUACUCUAUCAAGUUCACAGCCUCUUCAAGACUCAGCAUUGGUCCUCAGUCAGGCUGCAAGGAAGGGAAGGUCAGGAACCUAGUGGCCCCUGCCAUGUGCAGCCCCAGGGGGCCGCCCAUGCCUGUGUGGUCUCUGGAGAAGCUGAGUUGAAACUGAGGGAGGAAGGUUGUGAUCUUGUCUGGGCCUGUUCCUAAUUCUGCUAUCAAUUUCUUGUUAAUGAAUCUUAUUGAUUCGUAUCAGUUCAUCACCUUUUAAGGAAAUUCAGAUGAGGCAAGGAAAUCUCAUUGGCGUAGAUAAGCCUGAAAGCAUUUCAAAUUAGCCAUAGACGGUGCAAAGAACUCAGCUAAAUUAUGGCGCUUAAAGCCUACUAGUUAAACAAAACAUUAUUUGAACAGCUACUGCACGCCACAUACAGUAUUAGGCAUAGUAAUGACAAAAGAAAAGGUAAGGUGCUUUGUCUUAUACAAAUUAAAAGACCCAUGAGAAUUUAGUCUAGAAGAAAAACAAGUGCCAAUUGUCAAACCAUAGCAGCUUUCUCUCUUUCCAUUCAAAUGAUCCUGACUCAUUCACAGAAGGGAACAAAAUAAAUGAAUAAAAAAAGGAAUGAAUAAAGACAGAAGCCAAGGUUUGUAUAAUCAAGUUCCAAAAAUGUUACCAAAAAGUAGAAAUCAUUUGGUCGUUCAGCAAGUUAAUUGAGUUCCUGUGAGUUAAAAACCACUGGGGAUACCCCAUGAAAAAGCUGCUGUUCUUUCUUCUUGGAAGGAAAUAGAAAUAUUUUUGAGAAUACCAAAUCUUCUAAAUGGAGCAUAGUCUGUAACCAUUAAUGUUCAAGAUAGAAUAGACUUACUUGCAAAAAAUUAAGAUUUGUUCUGUUGUCCUUCAGAAAAUGCCAGAUUGUCCCAAGUACUACAUCCUGAAGAUUCCUUCCAGAGACUUUUUAAUAUUAGAUUUCAACAUAUUGCCCUAAAAGCCUGUUUUGAUUAUCCCCAUCAAGUACAUUUACAUCAGUUCUUCAGAGAAUUGGUUUCACAGGUCAGCCAUUUAAUCAAGAAUUAAAAUAUUUCCCUUCCCCAUAAAGGAUGAAUGAUAGUAUCCGAAUGGUCUCCUGUUGAAUUGCUUCAGCUCCUCUUAGAGUGGUUAGACCCUCAUGUCCCGGGGUGRUCCCAUCACAGGUGAGGAGGGCAAGAGGCCACUCCUCCCUUGGUCCCUGCCCACCCUGGGCUCCCUCCCUCACAUCCUGGCUUUCUGCCCCGAGUAUUGAAAUCAUGUUUACUUCCUGCCUCUCCCAGAAGCUCUCUUCAAGGACAGAGCCUAGGGGUUAGUCAUCCUAUGUGCUUCCUGCUGCAAGCCCACAGCCCUGAGUAAUGGCUUCCUGCAUGUGCAGUACCCUUCAUAUCCCUGACGCCUAGUGCAGGAACUGGCACGUGUCACCCUGCUCAGGAAACGUGGGAACUGAACACCCUGCUCGCUGCUGUGCACGGGCUAUUUGGGGCUUGCUGUUAGGAAGGGAGCUGUUUGUAAGCAGGCUUUCUGCCCUUGGUGAGUCUUCCCUUCAAUAAAGUUCAAAGUCCAAGGGGCUGACAGCCAGAUGGCCAGAAACAUCGCCCAGUAAGGCAAGGAGCCAAAGGAGCAGUGCCCAGCCCCACAGACUGCGCUGUCCCUAGGAGAUCCCGUGCUGGUGCAGUCCUAGGGCACAGCCAGCCCCCCUCCAGAGCCUCUUCCCUUUGCUCACCUCAGGGCUUCUCGCCCCCUUUAAAAAAGCUGAGAACUUUCCAACCCUAAAGGAGGAUUCAUUUGACUGUGUCGGAAGGACCAGUAUCCUUGCCCUUCUUUUAUACAUCAAGGAUGAGGCUCGAAGUGGCAAGAUGUGCUGGAAAAUGCAUUCGAGGAACUUUGCUUUUACACACUUCUCAAGUUCUCUCAAAUAAGCAGAGUGCUUGUUACAUACUAGGAUGGAGCAGGAAACAGAAGCGCAUUAAUCUGUAACCGUGUUAACAGUUUGAAGGGAAGAACUUCCAGGUGUUUGUCUUGCUGCUCACGCUGGUUUGUGUGUGUUGCUUUGGUGGCUUCCUGGUGGGAGCCAGGCUACUGUGAUCUCAAUGAGCAGCCUCCACGUUUUGCUCUGGGGGGUUUCUGUUAUGGGCAAAGCAUUAGAAAUGCCUAAAAUCCAAAGACAUGGUUUUUGGCAAAAAUGAUGACAUUAAACCAUUUAUGUUACUGUUGACCUUUCACAAAGAAAAUAUUUUCCUUGGAAAAAAAACUUGGCUUGUCAUUUUUUCCUAUGUAGUUUGGAGGACAGAGAGUAGUGCCUUGCAUUAUCUAUUUUUUUUCCUAACCAAAAAAGAAAGAAAGAAGAAAAAAAAAAACUACCCUUGUGAC